AUGCAACAGCCGCAGUUUGCUGAAUCGGAGGUUGCGAAUUGGAUCUCGAGGAUGGAGUACUAUUUCGAGCACCUUUUAAUGCCGGAAGAGAACAGAAUAAACAAGAAGUUGGACGUGAUGGACGAACAACAACGUCUGCUCACCUACACGACUUCAUCUGCGCCGCUGAAAUAUUCGGCGCCAUCCUACGUCACGCCGGUCCAAACAACGGUCGAGUACUACUUCCACAAUAUUUCGUCGUCGUCAAAAGACUACCACCAGCAGCUUCUUCCUCCAAAAACCUAUCGGCCGCCACCACCGUCAGCGUUGAUUCCUGAUUGUGAUCGAGUUGAGGAAAGCUUUGCUGAUUCUGCCGAGAAGAUUCCUGUUUCUUCUGUUGUUUUUUAUGGAGUUGAAAAGGUUGAGAAUAUAGAGAAGUCCAGUCCGGAUUCCGCACGUAAAGAGAAACCGGUUCACGGUUGCAUCGAGAUUCAGUGCGCGCGACAAUUGAAUGCUUCUCGAGUAAAGAUUCCCAAAGUCCAGAUUGGUUUGGGUAGUUCCAUUGUGGACAACGCAUCGCUGAAAUUAUUGAGUGAUUCAUCCCAUGUCAGGGUUGUCGCAACCCUCAAUCUCUCCAACUUUUCCCUCCAUGGAAACCUCACUCCACAUUUGGGAAACCUAACGUUUCUCAAGUCCUUGAAUGUCAGCUCCAACAACUUCACAGGCGUCUUACCUACUGAGCUGUCUAAACUACGCCGUUUGAAGCAUCUAAGCACAUCAUCCAACAACUUCACUGGAGAAAUCCCGGGAGUUAUCCUUACAAACAUGUCUGUAUUGGAAUAUAUUGAUCCGAGGUCUAACAACCUAUCAGGCGUGAUCCCAAGUGAUAUGUGCAACAAUACUCCGAAACUGAAGAUAUUAAUUCUCAGAGAGAAUCAAAUAUAUGGAAAUAUUCCGAGGAGUAUAUAUAAGUGUAGUGAGAUGCAGAAGCUGGGCUUGUCCAUGAAUAUGUUCAGUGGAAACAUAUCAACCGAAGUUGGAAAUCUUAGUAUGCUUACAGUUUUAUCUCUAUAUGAUAACCAUCUCCAAGGAAAAAUUCCAUCUUCUGUUUUCAACGUUUCACAGAUGGCAUUCAUAUACCUCAAUGGCAAUAAACUGUCUGGAAGCAUACCCGCAAAUUUCGGCAGAUUAAUCAACCUCCAACACUUGUAUCGAUACUGCAACAACUUAACAGGUGGUAUACCAAAGGAGAUUGGAAGUCUUACAUCCUUGAAAUAUCUCUAUCUGUAUAAUAAUAACUUGACAGGUGAAUUGGCGAGAGAGCUUGGUAAUCUAUCAGAGCUCAAGUUCUUAGAGGGAUCCUUCAACGGUUUCUUGACCAGAAAGAAUCAGAUGCUCUCUCUUCAACAGAAUCAGUUCUAUGGUCGUCUCGCUUCAGACAUGGGGCUGUCACUUGUCAAUCUCGAAGAUCUUUAUUAA